AUGUCUCUACAAGGACUCGGGCACAGUUCAAUUGGUCGAGACAUGAGCAGCAUAUCUGACUACAUAGUCACCAGGACGUGCCCGGAUGUAAGAACAACGACAUUCAUGGGACCAGACGAUUGGAAAACAGGUCAGGACCAUGCCCAACACCUCAAUAUAUACACGGACGGCUCCAAGAUGGAAGGAGGAGUUGGAGCGGGCAUAUACUGUACAGACCCCGAAAUGAGGCUGUCGUAUAAGCUACCAAGCCAAUGCAGCAUAUUCCAGGCGGAAGUAUUCGCCAUAGGGAAAGCAGCAGAGCUUGCGCUGAGCAUUGACCGCCCACAUGAGGCGGUCAACUUGUUCGUAGACAGUCAAGCGGCGAUAAGAUCCAUGCAAUCGUCAGCGGUCAGUUCCAAAAGUGUACUGGCAAGCAGGGAGGCACUAGAUAUCCUUAGCACGACCACGUCAGUGAGGAUCUACUGGGUUCCCAGCCACCAGAGCAUCGAUGGUAAUGAGACGGCAGACGAACUUGCAAAGGAAGGCGUUGGAUCAGAAAACGUUCCUGUCUCCCUUAGGACGCGAACUGAAAAGACGGGCAGACGCACGAGCCAAAAGCAGAUGGAGAAGAACUUCCACCACCUGCAAAAUUUCAAAAAUCAUGUGCAAUACUCAAAACGUCACUGCCUAGCUGCGGCACACGCAGUCAAACUGGGCAUUACCGACAACGCCAGAUGCCGGAAAUGUGACGAAUCCGAGGCAAUUGAAACCUUGGAGCAUCUCAUUUGCAAGUGUCCGGCCCUAACAAGGGCAAGAAUAAACUACCUAGGCGCUCCGGUUCUGGCAUCGCUAGAAGAUGCCUUAAGGAAGAAGCCAGGCGAAUUACUUGCCUUUGCGAAAAAUUCCUCGAUCCUAGAAUAUUUCGAUAACCGCGAAAACAUUCUAAGUCUCAAGAUGGGUGGCAAGGAGUCCAAGGCAUCCGACAACACCGCCGUGAUCAACACUGUGAAAGUCAUCGACCACAAAGAUGAGAUAUUAGAUGUGCAGCAUACCCUUGUGUUCAUCGCCGUGAUGUUAAUGUUGCUGGCACUAUUGAUACUAGUAAUUAUUUACAAACGAUCAGAACAGCGGCGUCGGGAUCACCACCACAGUGUGGAACGGAUCGUAUCCAGUAUUCCGCAACACCAAUAG